AUUUCAAUUUGCAAAUUUCAACAUCCUUCAGCAAUAUUCAUUGUCCGGCAGUACAGAUUUUACUCUGAAUGUGCUAACACAAUAUUCACUUAUAUUCCAAACGUGUUUAUAUUUCGGAAAAAAAUAAAGUUAAAAAAAUACAAAAAAAAAGUAAAUAAACUGCAACAACCAAUCAAAGCCCCCAAAAAAGAAAAAGGAAAAAAAACGAUUGAAGGAGAAAUUUACAAAUAAUAAUAAUCAUGGUGUACACGGGUUACGAGCACUGUGCGUUGAUGCCCACUCCAGACCAAUUGGAGUACUACGCUGAUGAGGGAGAUGAAGAAGAGAGCCACGCAUUGCAGCCACCGUUCCAUCGGGUUGUCAGCCUCAUUGACUAUGAGGUGACCGUCAAGCAUCCAUUGGAACAUACCUGGACACAAUGGCAUUGGGAGAACGAUCGUAGCAAAUCCUGGACUGAUAUGCUCAUCGAGGUGACCAGUUUUAAUACUGUCGAGGAUUUUUUCAGUGUCUAUUACAUCAUAAAGCCACCAUCUGAUUUGAAAAUUUUUAACGAUUAUAUGGUUUUCAAAGAGGGAGUACGUCCCAUGUGGGAGGAUGAUGCGAAUAAGAAUGGCGGUCGCUGGAUAAUGCUCUUGGAAAAAGCCUCCAAGUACUUUGUCAAUAAGAUGUGGCAUGAUUUGCUUUUGUGCAUUCUUGGCGAGUGUUUUAACUACUCUGAACAAAUUUGUGGAGCUGUCAUUAAUGUGCGUAAUAAGGCGAAUAAGUUAUCUCUAUGGACAAAGGAUGCGGAUAAUCAACAAGCCAUUCUAUCGAUUGGACUUCAAAUGAAGCAAUUACUUCAAUUAGGCGAUAUGGAGAUACAGUAUCAAGCCCAUAAGGAUGCGAUGGUACAGCAUGGGCCCAAUGUGAACGCACUAUAUAAAUUGUAAUAAUACUCGUAACUUGUCAGACUCCGUACACUGUGUUGCGCCGUAUUUUGGGAUCGGAGUCUGGACACAUUAUUAUUAUUUAUUUGUUCAGCCUUCAUCUAUCUUGAGUCUUCGUAUAUGCUUAGUUCUGGCAAAGAAAUCUGCAUAUACGAUCGGCUCGGAUCAGAUAAAGUAAUCGCGCAACCCCCCACCCACUCACCCUAAACACAAGUACACACUCGUAUAUACAUAUGUGAAUAUUUUAUACAGAACCUUAUACACCGAAACUCGACAAACCAACAAGCACAAAAAGAGAAAAAAAAAAAGUAAAACAAAAAAGAUAGAAACGAGGA